AAAUUUGUAGUUGGGCUAAUUCCAUAGUAGAACUCCACAUCAGCUAGAAUAACAGAAAAACAGGCAGAACGAAUCGAAAAGCGCAGCCACGAAAAGUUUGCCAAGCUAACCUAUAGAAUUAUGUCAGCGGCUGGAGUUGAUGCCGAGCCAAACGCUGCCGCUGCCCAACAGGCACGGCCGCAGCCGCAGCCGCAGCCGCCGUCUCCUUCGACACCGUCAUCAAUGGGCACAAAAGCAAUAACAACGUCAACGUCAGCGACGAUAGCGGCAACGAUACCAACUACAACAACAACAACGGCAGCAGCAGCAGCAGCAGCGGCGGCGGCGGCAACACCAGCAGUGGCUGAAAUUGCCGCAUCCAGCAUACGCUCCGGCCUGGCUGAGUUGGAGCUGCGCUCCUCUCAGAUGCUGCAGCGGCUGGAGAACGUGAAGGCUGUGCCCGGCUCGCCGGCGAAGGUGAUCAGCGAUGCGUCCGGCGACAACCAGAGCUCCGGCGACAGCCAGUCGCUGCAGGAGCAGUCGGAGCAGGAGCGUGCACCACGCACAUCCGCCGCCGAGCUGGUGCUGGCCACGCAGCUGCGCCAGGAGCACCGUGUGCCGGCGGACAUACUGAAGUCGCUGGAGCAGCUGGUCGCCUACUCGGACAGCGAGGACGAUCCGGAGUUUCCGCUGCCCGCCCUCGACGACGUCUCCCACUUGGCGCUCAUCUCGCACAGCAUUGUGGCCUACCUGUCGCACCUGGACCGCCAGCAUCUGCUGCGCGUCACGAACAGCAUCUCCGGCGACGCCACCCGCUGGCUGGGCACCCUGUUCCACUUCAGCAACGCCGCGAGCAGCUUCCAUGCGGACAACGCCGACGCCGUCCUGCGCACCGUGCGCCUGGCCAUAGUCGCCCGCUGUCCGGGCUACCUGGAGGGCGGCAUUCCGGCCCUGGCCCAGCCGUGCUUCUACAUCUCGGAGAACACGACGCCGGUGCGGCUGCAGUACGCCUGCCGGCAGCUGGGCAUCUCGCUGGACGCCAUCAAGAUCAUACCGGAGGACAGCAAGUACGGCACCAUGGAUCUGGCCCAGCUCCAGAAGCAGGUGCAGCUGGACCUGGCCGCCAGCCGCACCCCGCUCCUGGUGGUCGCCGACAUCGGCGCCUCGCUCUGCGGCUACGUGGACAACCUGCAGCGCCUGCGCGACGUCUGCAAGGCCCACAACAUGUGGCUCCAUGCCAGCGGGCACGGCCUGGCCGCGCUCGUCUGCGCCCAGAGUCCCGGCAGCGUGCACGACGUGCUCCACUCGAUGGCCCUCAACCUGGGCAGCUGGCUGGGCGUGCCCAGUCUGCCCAUUGUGCUGCUCCAUCGGCCGCUCCAGAACAGCGCGCUGAGUGCCUUCGAAUCGGACCCGAUCCUCUCCCGGCGCCUCAACGCCCUCUCUCUGUGGACCAGCCUGCAGGCGCUCGGCCGCAAGGCCAUCGCCGAGCGGCUCCACGUCGCAUUCCAGACAUGCAGUAUUCUCUUCGAGAUAGCCUCCAAGUGCGAGGGCAUCCGAGUGCUGAGUCACACGCCCGGUGCUCAGACGGGCGCCGCCCUGUCGGACAUCAUUCACAGCGCGUUCGACGUGAACGCCCUGUUCGACGCAGCUGCUCCGGUGGUGGUCUACCAGUUCGACGGCAGCACAACCAUUCCAAUCACGCCGAGCGCCGAGCCGGCAGCAGCGGCGGCGGCUGAGGCGGGCCAGAAGCCGCUGGAGAAGGUGAACAACGCCUCGUACUUCGAUCGGCUGAACUCCUGGCUGGGCCAGAUACUGCAGCGCGACUGUCCCAAUUUUGACUUCGAGGUGAUUGAGCAUCCGACGCACGGCAGCUGCAUACGCUAUUGCCCGCUGGAGCUGGGCCUGGGCGAGCAGCCGCCCAGCUCGGAGAACCUGGAGAGCUUCGCCCAGAGCCUGGAGGCGCACGUGGACAUACUGCGGGCCACGAUCAAGCACAAGGCGCGCUUCAUGCACUUGGUGGAGCGCAGCGAGGUGCUCCGGCUGGUGCCGCUGCCCGAGUGGGCGGGCAUGGGCGGCGUCCGGUUCGUGCCCGAGGGCUGGGAGUCGCUGCUGACGGACCAGGCCAAAACGGAGCUCAACAAGCUGAACAUCGACCUGGUGGAGGCGCUCAAGUCGACGGACAACGCCUUCUCGCUGGGCGAGGGCACCGACGGCCUCAUCUGCGUGCGCUUCGGCAUGGUCACGCACGAGACGGAGGUGGAGGAGCUGCUCGACCUGGUCGUCACCGUCGGCAAGAGCGUCCAGGAGAACUCGCGCGUCCUGGACACCAUGUCGGAGAUCGUCAAGAAGGGCAUCGAGGCGGCCACGGCGGAUCUGCAGCGCGAGUCCGAGGAGAAGCUCUGGCAGGAGGGCAUUCUGCGGCAUGUGCCGGUCGUGGGUCGCGUCUUCAACUGGUGGUCGCCGCCGGCCAAGGAGUCGGGCAUCAAGGGCCGCAGCCUCAACCUGACCCAGGGCGUCGUCGAGAGCACCGAGAACAUUUACAAAUAUCACAUGCAAAUGUCGGGCGAGGCGGCGCAUCAGCUGCCCGCCAACCGGUCGCCGCCCACGCCCAUGAUACAGACGCCUGUGGUGUCCACGGCCGUGCCGCCCGUUUUUCCCACCGUGGAGCCGGUGACAACGGAUGCGAACGAAAUGUCCCCAUCGCCGACUGCUGCACCAGCGGGCGUAGGCGUGGCAACGCCAGUCGCCGCCACAGCUCUGCCCAUCUCGGCAGCGGCCUCAGCGGCAGCGGCCGCAGCGGCGAUCGGCAACCACGUGGACCACGCGCGCACUGUCAGCCAGAGCAGCGCCGGAUCGUCGUCCGUGCCGGAGCUGGUGGCUGUGUCUGGUGCAAUUAACACUAAGUGAUCCACUG